AUGACCAGUAAAGUCAGAGGGGACGGUCGACUGCAAGUAAAAUUCAAACAGCUCAGCAGUCCAUUUCACUUCAGAGAUUUCAACGCUGACUGUUGCGAUGGUCAGGUGGCUCCAGGUUGCCGUCGUGUGUGUCGUCCAAAGUUUAAGAUAUGUUACAAAGGAGGAACAUCAAGUGGAAGUGAAAGCGGAAGUGGAAGUGGAAGUGGAUCAUUUCCAAGUGGAAGCUGCUUACAAACAAUUGAAACAGGAUUCUACAAUCCAAUUAUACAACCAGGAAACUCUCUAGUUAUAUUUACUGACAGUAAUGGAACUUUCAACUUUAGCUUCAACGCAUCAGCUCUGGAUCAACAUUAUAUUCAAGUAGAGGUGAUCGAUAACCUAUCACAAAAACUAAUAGACAUAAUCGAUAUAUCAGCGGCUUCCAGUUUGAUAAAUCAGACAUCAGACUUUACUGGUUCACGUGCAAGUCAUCCAAUAAAAUUGACAGUAGAGUGGCAGUUGUUCUGUGACAAAAACUGGUAUGACAACGAUUGUGGUGAAUACUGUGUGGCUCAAGACACAGCAAUCCCACCAGCCCAUUACACAUGCAACACAACAACAGGACAAAGGAUAUGCCUUGCAGGUUAUGAGAACUCAGACAGAAACUGUUCAACCGAGAUUAAUGAGUGUGAAUCGACUCCUUGUCAAAAUGGAGCUACAUGUCGUGAUGAUCUACAAAGGUACAGUUGUCAGUGUCCCAACUACUACACUGGAGGUCACUGUGAGACAGCAUUUUUUUGUUUACCUUUCCCAUGUGAGAACAAUGGCACAUGUCAAGACUUAACCAGCUCGUACAAAUGCACAUGCCAUCGUGAUUACACAGGAACAAACUGUGAAACACAUAUAGACAACUGUGCAUCUUAUCCUUGCCAAAAUGGGGGCCAAUGCAAUGAUGGCACUCUCAGCUACCAGUGUGACUGUAAGGAUGGCUAUACAGGCAUACACUGUGAAACAGAGAUUAAUGAAUGUUUGUCCAGUCCAUGUGUGCAAGGUACCUGUAUGGAUUAUGUUGCUUCCUAUCGUUGCAAUUGUAGACCAGGAUACACAGGAGUCAACUGUCCAACAGAAAUUGAUGAAUGUUUGUCGAGUCCGUGUCUACAUGGUGGUACAUGCUCAAAUCACAUCGACUCAUACUCUUGCUCGUGUGAUGUGGGAUACACAGGAGUCAACUGUGCAACAGAAAUUAAUGAGUGCAAUCGACAUGAUUGUGUAAACGGGGCAUGCCGAGAUCAAAUCGGGUUCUUCGUAUGUGACUGUACAGCUGGAUACAUGGGAACAAAAUGCGAAACAGGGAUCUUUGAGUGUUUUUCCAAUCCAUGUCAGCACAGCGGAACUUGUGUGGAUAUGAUCAAUGGAUAUCAAUGUCAAUGCACAGAAGGAUACACUGACAAGCAUUGUGACAUAAAUAUCAACGAAUGUCAGAGCAACCCAUGUCAAAAUGGAGGCAGCUGUCUUGACCUGGUGAACAGUUAUCAAUGCAACUGCCAAACAGGAUACACAGACAGUCACUGUACAACGAAUGUUGAUGAGUGUGCAUCCAUCCCAUGUCAAAAUAAUGCCACUUGUCAAGACAACAUUGGGCAGUUCAAAUGUUUGUGUCCAACUGGAUUCACAGACACUUUAUGUCAAACAAAUAUUGAUGAUUGUGUCAGAGUGCAGUGUCUCAAUGGUGGUUAUUGUAGUGAUCUCAUUGCUGACCAUCACUGCAACUGUCCUCCUGGAUACACAGGAAAGCGAUGUGAUGUUGGUAAGAAUAAGUGUAUUACGACUUUACAAUAA